CCACGGCAAGCCGUGCCAUGUUGAUCGUCGAUCGUUGAUAUAGCUGCAGCAGUUGCCACAGUGCAGCUUGCCGAGACGUUGCCCCCGAGAGGCGAGAGGCAACCUCAUCGCUGGACAACGCAUUGCAUUCAACAAGAUGGCUUCGCGCUACGCACCGCCGCAGCCCUCACGCCAGCCCAACGUGCCCACUCCACCGGUGCGCUUUGGGGCGGACGAGGCACGGACACCCGCUAACUCGGAUAUGCCUCGCGGCGUGGUACGCUCCUCCGCCAAAGAGAUCAGCUCUGCCGGCGGCGGCAGCAGCAGCAGAAAGAAGGAACGAGGUGGUGCGACCAAGCGCAAGGCCUCUGUCAAAGGCACCCUCUUCGCCUUCCUUUUUCGGGUCGCGUUCUUCUACACACUCAUCGCGGCGGUGUGGAACUGCUCCUCGCGCCCCUUCGCAUUCGAUUACGCUACGAACGAUCACCGUGUCGUCUGUCGUACCCUAGCGCAGACCAAGCUGCAGCUGCAGCCGCUCGUUCUUCCGUACGUGCACAAGCUGGAGGCCAAAGCCGAGCCGUAUGUCCGCAUCGUUCGGCCAUAUGUCAAGACGGCGUACAAGCAUGCCAAGCCGGUCGCUCUGUACGCUCAGUGGACUGGUACACAUUUGUACAAGAAGCACGUGCUGCCAAUGCAGAAGCAGGCAUUGCGAAGGACAAGGGGGUUUGCUGAUCCGCACAUCAGCAAGGUGCAGAAACAGUACGAGACGCAUGUCCAGCCCCGGAUUUUCACGGCACAACGCACAAUCCAACCAUACCAUGACAUCUACUGGCGCGACGUUCACCCGCACGUGCAGACUUCCUAUGAUCUGGUCGUCCGGUCUGUGGCUGUCUCAUCGACUUUUUACCUCGAACAAGUUUACCCGCAGAUUAUCACACUGUCCAAACAUAGUUACCGCUUCUACGUCGACCAUGCUUCUCCGGCAAUCUACCGCUUCUAUGCCGCAUUAAUCCGGCCGCAGGUGGACAAGCUUCUGGCAAAAUUAUGGAACGCCAGGGUCAGACAGAUGACCGAUGAGGUCAUCGACGCGACGCGCUUGCAGGCUGACGCAGUGGGCACUGGCCAGUCUUACGAGAGCGAAAAGGUCAAGAAGGUUGAGGGCGCCGUCAAGAAAGCCAAGCAAGCCCGGGACGACCAUAGCGUCCUUGGCCGGCUGUCCAAGACCUCCGAAGCAGUGCAUGGCAAAGAGCAGUCGGACGACACGGCCGUGGCCGCCGAGCGUGCGGUAAGGGUCGAAGCUGAAUCGGCUGUGCUGACCGAGAAGCUGGAGUUAUGGGAGACGGGACUUGGCGAGCUCAUCCGCAAGGAGUUCAAACUGUGGACUGAGCGCGUCGCCCAAGCCCGGAACCAUCAGGUAGCAGAGCUGCCGCAGCAAUUUGCAGCUCUCGUCGAUGCAUUCGUCGACGAGGAAGCGGGUGUCGCGCUUGUGCGCCUCGAACGCGGCUUCAAGCGUCUCGCGCUCGAGCGUGACGCACGUCCUCUGGACGAGCGUCUCGCAGCGGCGCAACAGCUCAUCGCCAAGGAGGAGUCCAAGCUGUUCUCCGACUCAGCCAAACUGCGCUCAGGGCUGGCGGCGCUCAAGGGCAAGCUCGUGAACACUGAGGUCUCAGCGGCGCACGCGAGCGCCGAUGAGAUCGAUCGCUACGUCGAUGCGGCCAUCAAGAGCUUCGAAUCGACGAUGGGCAAGACCGAAUACCACGAGAACGUAGACGAUUGGGAAGGAUGGGACGCGGGCCUCAAAGUCCGGGCCAACAUGUAUCGUGAGGAGCUGCUCGGCGUGCAGAAAGGCGAGAGGCCCGUCAAGUCUGGACUCGGAAUAAACCUCAAGAAGGAGCCCGAUGUUAGUCCCCACAAUCAUCAACGAACUUGUCAGGCGAUCCAGGCGCCUGUACGACGAUGCUGCGCGCGAGAUCCGCAACUACACGAACGCAGCGCUGUCGGAGCUUAAAGGCGAGGGUCAUCGGUUACCCGUCGCCGACGUGACGGACAACAUCGCCGAUGUAGCGUCCAGAUUUAGCGUCGAUGUGCUCGUAUCGCUGACUGAUACCGUCUCGUCCGCACGCAAGAAGCUUGGCCUUAUCGACGAAAUGGAGCUGGUUGCCCGCAAGGCCUUUUCGAACGCUGCAAGCUCUGCUGAAGCAAAGACAGCCAGUAUCAGAAGCAACGCAGGCUCCGUCGCGGCAGCUGUCUCUUCUACCGUCGGCG